CCAGCUUCUGUUUCUAGUGGUUGAUUUGGGGAAGUUGGUCAAGAACUUCAGAUACCAUCUGUGCUAUCUGCUCCUGUGGUGCCUAUGCCUUCUGCUCCACUUCAAAAAUCUUUCACUGGACUGGCAACUUUUCCAGCAGAAAAAUAAAGAAAAGAAGACCCCAGCCUACUGAUGCUGCUAGUUACUCCAUUAGCUCAAGAGAGGACUGUGUAGUACAUCCUAAAGAUCUCACCUGUCUGAUGAUCCUUGUGGGGCAACAUGAAUCCCACAAUCCCAAAUCUGAUAUGGCUCCUUCUUCUGGCUUAUGGUACUUCAGAAACUCAUGCUGAGAGCAAAUAUCCCAGAACCAUGCCAUGUGAUGUCAGUGAGAAUAACUCCUCCAUCAUUUUUGACUGCAGUGCCCGUGAAUUGAGAAGUGUGCCUCCCGCAAUGGAUGGUAAUGUAACAGAAUUAAAGCUCUCAGACAACCUUAUAAAGGAGGUAUUUAAAAAAUCUUUUCAGGGCCUGAAUAAUCUGAUGAAAAUAGAUCUAAACAGGAACCAGUAUUCUGAGGCAGGGGAAGAGGUUCAUGAUUUGUGUAAAAAAGGAAUGGUCAUUGAAGAUGGAGCUUUUGCUAACUUAACAAAGCUACGGGAAUUACUAGUUGAUGAAAACUGCCUGUGUAAAAUACCAGUUGGGAUGCCAUUGUCCUUAACCUCACUGCAUUUGAGCUAUAACAGCAUCCUCUCUGUCUAUCAGAAAAAUUUUUCAGAACUCACACAAUUGAAGGAACUCUAUAUGGACGGGAACUGUUAUUAUGGCAAUCCCUGUGAAAAACCUUUCCUUGCAGACAACGGGGCUUUCUCAGACCUCACUAUUUUGAUAGUCCUGUCACUCUCCUUCAACAACCUGACCCGAGUUCCAAGCAACCUGCCUCCUUCUCUAAGGAAACUUUACCUCAGCAACAACAAGAUCAAAACCAUCAACCGGGAUGAUUUGAAUGAACUGUCUAAUAUAGAAGUCCUUGAUUUAAGUGGGAACUGUCCAAGGUGCUAUAAUGCCCCCUACCCAUGUGAACCUUGUAGUGGGGACUCUGCCAUUGAAAUACAUCCUCUUGCUUUCCAGGAUCUGAAAAAUUUACAGAACUUAAACCUCUCCAGCACCUCUCUCACUAGCAUCCCUGCCAGUUGGUUUUAUAACACAACACAGUUAAAGGUGCUAUAUCUUGAAUUUAACUAUUUAAUAGAGGAAAUAGCUUCUGGAGAGUUUUUACUCCAGCUACCUCAUUUGGAGGUGCUAGAUUUAUCUUUUAACUAUGCCAGGAAAUCAUACCCCAGGUAUAUAAAUAUUUCAGACAAGUUCUCCAGCCUGGUCUCUCUUCAGCAACUUCAUCUAAGAGGUUAUGUGUUCAAGGAACUUAAAAGCCAACACCUUCAGCCCCUCAUAAAGCUUACCAAACUGCACACCCUCAAUUUUGGAGUCAACUUUAUCAAGCAAAUUGAUCUCAGUGUGUUUCAUCUCUUUGCAAAUCUGACUAUAAUUUCUUUGUCUGACAACAGGAUAUCGCCUCUAGUAGAUGGCAAUAAUAACAGUGUCAUUAGAGGAGAAUCAGUCCAAAAUCAUGUCAUUCGAAGUCGUUCCACAGAUACUGAACUUGAGCCAUCAGUAAAUAGUAUGUUACUGGCAGAAGGCAAACCCAGUAGUAGUGUGAUUCCCAUUUUUCAUUUAAUCAAACCUCAGUGUAGCAUGUAUGGUAAAUCAUUAGAUCUGAGCUUAAAUAGUAUUUUUUUCAUUGACCAACAACAAUUUAAAGAUUUCCAUGAAAUAGCCUGUUUGAAUUUGUCCUCAAAUGGCAUUGGCCAAGCAUUGAAUGGCACAGAAUUUAUCUUUCUGCCUAAUCUCAAAUAUUUAGAUCUGUCUUUUAAUAAACUUGAUUUGGCUUAUCGAUAUGCAUUUUAUGAAUUGCCUAAACUAGAAGUACUGGACCUCAGCUACAACGUGCACUAUUUUAUUGUGUCAAGGAUAACACACAGAUUGGGAUUUACUGAAAAUCUUCCACAUCUAAAAGUUUUAAAUUUAAGUUACAAUGAAAUUUUUACACUCACAGAGCCCAAUCUAACGAGCAGCUCCCUGAAAGAGUUAGUGUUCAAGGGAAACCGCCUCGAUAUUUUAUGGAAAAAUGGAGAUAACAGAUACAUAAAUAUUUUUAAAAACAUCUACAACCUGACUCAUCUUGACAUAUCCCACAACAGACUUCAUGAAAUUCCUACCAAGGCAUUCCUUGGCCUGCCACUAAGUCUCACUGAGCUCCACAUAAACAACAAUGAAUUAAAGCACUUUGACUGGACAGCCCUGCAACAAUUUCAGAACCUCACAUUACUGGAUCUCAGCUCAAAUGCCUUGUCCUUUGUGACUGAUAAUCUUGCAAACUGCACAGCUUCUCUUCAGCGACUAUUCCUUCAACACAAUAAGAUUUCGCAGCUUGCUGAUGGAUUUUUCCACAGAGCCAGCAGCCUCCUGCACCUUGAUUUAAGUUACAACCAGCUGCCUUCCAUAAACCAGUCAAUACCUCAGUCGGAAAACUUAAUUCAUAUACAACUUUUGGACUUACAAGGAAACCCUUUUGAGUGCACCUGUGCAACUGUUGAUUUCAUACACUGGAUAAACUAUUAUAUUAAUAUUAGUAUCCCACGACUGGCAACGGAUGUCAUUUGUGCAACACCUGGAGAUCAAAGAGGGAAGAGCAUCAUAAGUUUAGACUUAUAUGCCUGUACUUUGGAUACGGUUGCAGCAAUAUGCUUUUCUUUAUCAUUCUUUAUUAUUUUGACUGUGAUGACAACAGCUAUCACGAAACACUUAUUUUAUUGGGAUGCCUGGUAUAUUUACUAUUUUUGGACAGCAAAACUAAAAGGAUAUAAAUCUCUUGGCAUGACCAAAGCUCUGUAUGAUGCUUACAUCGCGUACGACACUGAGGAUAUAACAGUAACUGACUGGGUAAUAAAUGAACUACGGUUUCAUCUAGAGGAAAGUGAAGACAAGCAAGUUCUGCUUUGCUUGGAGGACAGAGACUGGGAGCCAGGAAAGGCUGUCAUUGACAACCUUGCACAGAGCAUCCAACACAGCAGAAAGACAGUAUUUGUUCUAACCGAAAGAUAUGUAAAAAAUGGGAACUUCAAAACAGCUUUUUAUAUAGCUCUGCAGAGAUUAAUGGAUGAGAAUAGAGAUGUGAUUGUCUUUAUUCUACUGGAACCAGUCUUGCAGCAUUCCCGGUACCUGAGGCUAAGGAGAAGGAUCUGCAAGAGCUCUGUUCUUGACUGGCCUAAGAAUCCAAACGCUGAAGGCCUGUUCUGGCAAAAUCUAAAAAGUGUAGUGCUAACAGAAAAUUAUAAAGGAUUGUACACAGAUUCCAUUAAAUGAAACAACACAGAGAAAAAUGACUUCCUUGAGGCAGAUACUCAGAUAUCUUUGUAUUGAGCCAAUACCAAUGUUGAGUACAUAAUUAGAAUUUGGUUAAAACAGUAUCACUGGAAGUGUUGAUUUUCCACUAAAGUGUCUGAGGAAGUUUGCAGGAAACAAACAUUACAGUAUUUUGGCCUUGAUUCAUGCCAGUUAUAAGUUAUAUGGCAGGCAAGUGGAAGAUCAUAUCCAUAGAUACUAUGCAGUACUGAUGAUCUGUAUAAAUUGUUUGUCAGUACUUGCCAGGUAUCACCACUAAUUACACAUGUAAUUAGCCAUUGUGAAUUGUAUUUUUAACACUGUGGAGGCUCUGUAACUAUCUAAUUGGUCAGUAAGAAUAAAGGACAGUCUUAUCCUUGGCUACCUUUUAAUUAAACACUUUUUAUACUUCAGUACACUGAUAAUUAACAACAAAAGCUGGGGCUUCGAAGGGACACUUUCAAGGAGAGUAGUGGUACUUCCCUGUGUGUUUUAGCCUUCUGCUGAUUUAGAAUGUUUGCUUCUUAAAGAUCCAUUUUUUUAUUUCUUCAUACCUAUUAUACAUGUGGAAAUUAUAUACAUGCUGUGACUUCCUUGCCUAACCUAGGCUAUUAGCUUCUUUCUCCAAAAUCAAUUAUCCAUGCUUGUGUAACUCACACACACUCACACGUCUAGAUU